GCAAAUAAUUUAUUAUGAUAAUAUUCAAGUAAAAUAUAAUUAUAGGAAGAUUAAUUAAAAAAUGAGAUCAAUUUGUUUAUAAUUGAAUUUUGUGAUUAAUUUGAAUAUGGGUAAGAAGUGUGGAUUAGUAUAUGAAAAUUCAAACUUAAACACGUAACGUAUUACUACGCCAUCUAACUUUACAGAUACAGAAUUAAAACUUUUCUUAUGUUCUUUUUUUUUUUUAACUUCAACUCGGUUGGUAUAUACAACUUAUUUUGUGUGUGUGUGAUUUAACUUGACAUGUCGAUAAAAUCAAACCUAACAAAAUGGUUACAGAGCUUCGCAAUAUAUCUUACAUAAGAUUAUCCCUUCUGAUACUUAUUGCGUUAUUGACAUCAUACUUGGUACGUUUUAAUUAGAAUCAUAAAUUAAUAGAACAUUGUGAAAACAUAUUCAACGACAUUCGCAACGAAGAAUUUUUCGCUUUGGUGAAUUCUCAUGUAUAUUAUUAUUCUCUCUUACUCCCUAUUAUCUCUUUAUACGUAGACAGCUUUGAUUUAGCUAAAUUGCCGGAAACGUUUUAUUUAUUAUCACUUAUUCUCUUCUUCAUCUGUAAUAAUGUCUCUCGUAUCAUUUUUCUUCAACGUAUAUUUUCUUUCUUCUACCCUUGAUCUUUGUGAACAAUGAAAUAUUCAAAUUUCAAAAGAAGUUAAUUUUUGUGAAUAGGUUAGUAAUGUUUUUAACAAUUUACUUCUACCACGUGUAUGUGUGUAUAAUGAAAGAAAAUAUGAAAUAUAUAUAAUUCAGAAAUUAAAUGAAAAUAACGAGAUUUUUAAAGUAGGGAUACUGUCGUUCUUAAGAUAGUAUGGAAAAAUUGAAUUUUCCGCCACUUUGUUAUUUCGAUUCUUGGAAGAGUCUGAAGUCGUAGAAGAAAGAAGCGGCAUUCAACGCGUAUUAAUGGCAAUUGGUGGCAAUCGUGAAGAGGCACACAGGGCGCGGCAAUGUUCAGUCGAUUACUUGCGUGCGUUGUUGUCGUCGUCGCCGUCGUCGUCGUCGUCGUCGUCGCUGUUCAUCGUCGACAAGAGAAGUCUGUAAGAGUGAGAAGGAUUCACAAUGCGGUGCGUUUGUCUUGUAGUCAUUCGUAGCAAGUUCUCGCUAUAACAAGAGCGCGAGUUAUACGAUAGAGUUCGUAAACGUAAGAAAGUGCAUGGUCGUGUGUAAUUCUAUUGUGAUACGUUUGUCUACGUUCAUAGUGCGGCGAGGUUAUCGCGUCGAUGCUGCGUAAGAAUAGACCGAUCAAAAUUGUGUGCGCCUUCCGCACAGGGUGUGAGAUCAUAGUCGAAACAUUAUGACGGACAGUCGCCCUUGCUACGAUACGAAGGAUCGUCCCUUCCUUUUUCCUUGUCUUCAAACGCUAUCGUCCCGCGUAUCGGAGGAUAAGAAAACAAGAGAUGAACGUACGUGAACCGAGCUAGAUUCAAAAACAUUAUCCUUGGUUCAAAAGUGAAAAGGUUUUAGACAGUCUAUCACUUUUUCGACGGAAGUUCUCACUACGAUUUCACCUCGAGUGUCGACCGAUCAGCGACCAUGAAGAAACAGUUUUUCAGGGUGAAACAGCUCGCCGAUCAAACUUUUUCUAGAGCUGGCAAAACAGAAGUGCUUACGGAUGAUUUGCAAGCUGCAGACAAACAUGUAGAACAGAUUAGAGCAGCUCUUACUGGGCUAAGUAAAAGACUUGGUAAUCCACCUAAUCAAGCAUUUGCACAGGAACCUGCAUUUAAGGAGAAACGUUUGAAAAAAUGUCCCGAGUAUAUACUCGGGCAAACGAUGUUGGAAAAUGCAACAGAGGAUGGCCUUAUGGGUUUUACUCUUUUAGAAUGUGGAAGGGCACAGAUGUCAUUAGCUAAUGAAACGGUAGAACACGAAGCAAAGGUAGAACAAUAUGUUGCAGCUCCAUUACAACAUAUUUUAGAUACUGACAUUCCAAAUAUAUUGAAACAUAAGAGAAAUUUGGCACGAUUAAUUUUGGACAUGGACAGCGCAAGAACGCGUUAUCAACAAGCUAGCAAGCAUAAUGCUGGAACUGGUGCAACAAAAGCAGACAGUUUAAGAGAAGAUUUAGAAGAGGCAGAAUCUAAAGUUGAACAAUGCAGGGAUCAGUUAGCUGCAGAAAUGUUUCAAUUAAUGUCAAGAGAAACAGAAUUAGCACAGACUAUCAUACAAUAUGUCAAACUGCAAAGAGCAUAUCAUGAAAGUGCUUUACAUUGUCUUGAAGAUCUUAUUCCUGGAUUAGAAAGUUAUAUCAAUAAUAAUGAAAUGAAACCAGUUUAUGGUUAUCCUCUUGAAGAACAUCUUAGAGUAACGAAUAGGAAAAUAGCAUUACCUAUACAAUUGUGCGUAUCUGCAUUACUGCGUUUAGGUAUGGAAGAAGAAGGUUUAUUUAGAGUAGCUGGUGCUGCAUCUAAAUCUCGUAGAAUUAAGCUGAGUUUAGAUGCAUGCUGUUUGACUUUAUCAACAGCUUUAGAAUACAAAGAUCCUCACGUCAUAGCUGGUGCAUUGAAGUCUUAUUUACGUGAACUUCCAGAACCUUUAUUAACAUUUAAGUUGUAUCCUGAAUGGAUGGCUGCUGCUAAAAUAACACAAAAUGAAGUUAGAUUACGUGCGCUCUGGGAAGUGCUGCACAAGCUCCCAUCUGCAAACUUAGAAAAUUUGCGAUUUCUAAUUAAAUUCUUAGCAGUAUUGAGCAAAAACCAGGAUAUCAAUAAAAUGUCACCUCAAAACAUAGCAAUCGUAAUUGGUCCUAACUUGAUUUGGAGCCCACAAGAGGAUGUAAAUACAAUAGUAAUGAAUAUGAGUACUACAAGUAUCUCUAGUCUUAUCGUGGAUCAGUUGAUAACAUAUGCAGAUUGGUUCUUCCCAGGUGAAAUAGAUUUUGAUCGUGACUUAGAAAUUGGAAUAGUCAAUGGCUUGGAACCGCAAGUGAUUGGUAUGCGUCGUUGUGUUUCAAACAGUAGUUUGAGUGAUCACGGUGAAAGUCCACCACAGGGCAGUCCAAAGCCUGCGGCUCGUCGAAAAAACAAGCCAGCACCAACACCACCAAGUGGUACAACACCUGACAAAAAUGAUAAAAGGUGCGAUGAUAAACCACCUCCAGCUCCAGAUAAACCACCUAGACCUUUAAUGUCAGCUACACUUAACCGGGCAACAUACAAGGCACAAAAGCACGAAGUAAAUACAGAAUUACUGACCAGACAUGAAAAUAACGUAGAAAAAGCUGAAAAAAAUUCAGAAACAGAAAUAAAACAUAUAGGGUUUGAAGGAAUAAUAGCUCAGGUUGAUAUUCAACCUGCAGACAACUGCGAAAACGUUUCUGAAAUGAAUACUUCACAGUCUGAAUUGGCUAAGAAUAAUAUUGAUACAGAAAAGUAUAAACUAGAUACGUUAAAUGCAGAGUUGCAAAAGUCUGAAAAAAGAAAUGUUCCUGUUUCUCUUGAUAAAACUAUAAGUAGCGUAGAAAACAUUCAAAACAAGUCAUCUGUAGAUAUUGACAAUUCGGAUGUUUCUUCAUCAAGACCUAAGCCAUUACCAACAGAAAAACCUGCUCCAUCCACAUUAGAAAGGAGAAGGCCAGUUGCUGCUCCUAGAAAUAUCACAAACAUAACGCAUAAUACAGAUGAUACAGUCGAAUUACGUAAGAAGUCUGAUAGCAACAGUAUAACGAAUUUAAAUGUAGGAGACAGAGGUAGUAAACCAGCAAUUCCAGAACGACCUGCUGGGUUGGUUCGUCCGUCAAGCCUUAUAAGACAACAGCCGCGUCAAAGUAAUGAAAAUUUAGACACCGAGUCAGGACCCCUUACUUUGGAAAGGGCACACAUGUACUCUGUGGACAAGCAACAGGUCAGUAUAAUACAAGUGCGUGGAAAUGGCAAUGUGUUCUGCAAUCCAGGAGAGAGCAAUGGCAACACAGCUUCGAACUUGCAGAGAAGUCCUAGUGUGGGUAGUCGACCUUCGUCUAUGUCUUUGUAUGGUGAACGACCAGAGAAACCUGCAAGACCAGAUGUCCCAGACCAGGCAAAGGCACAUGCAAGGACUAAAUCUGAAGGCAACAUUAUCGACGUUCAAACACAAACAGAGACUGUAGUUGUGCUUAAGUCACCGCAACAACCUGUUCCAGCAUCCCCAAGAUUUCAUCAAAGGCCUCCUAGGCCACAACCGCCACCACCUCCGCCUCCCUCGACUCGGCCUAAAUCCGAACAGGAGAGUACUAAUCUCUAAGAACUCGACAUAAAAUGGUCUUUGUAAUUAUCGAUAAGCCAUCAAUGCGUCAUCGAUACUUUGUACGUAAUGAAAGGUGUUUUCACAUAACACUAUGUUGUAUGUGAUUAAAAAACUUUCUAUGAACUUUAAACGAAAUGUUUAUGUAACGCAUAACUCUUUAAAAAUAUUAUACCUGAUUUGCAUAUCUAAGCUGAUAUUUUUUUAUGGCUUAUCAAAUUUUAUACAUUUUGUUAAGAAGUCAAAUAUAAUCUGAAAAUUAGCGUAAAUAUAAGGAAAAUAAUUGAAAAUUCGAUCUCCUUUUAAACGCGCGUAUCCAAGCGCACAAAAUGCAGUGUGCACUUUAGGUAAAAUAUUAAAGUUAUAGCUAUUUGAUAAUAUUAUUACUUUUAAUACAAUUUUACGAACGAUACGUCCAUAUAAAAAGGAAGUUUGACAAACCUUUGAAUGUUUCAAUUGGAAUUGAGCCUUUGAGUGAUAUGCGUAACGAAAUGACCGUGUUUGAAGUAUACAUAUGUACGUUAAAAGUACGUAUAAGUUAUACUUGAGUUAAGCAUAUAUACAGUAACAUCUUGUACCUUAACUUAUUUGCAUUUUUAGAUGAUCAUGGAAUGAUUAAAAAAACGAUAUUGUACAAUAUUCUAUUUUUUCAAUGAGGUAUGAGAGAAAAUUAGAUUUUCUCGGAGAGUAUUGUAAACGGUCAGAUGUUUUCUUGUUGUUUCACAGAAAAAUUUAAUAUCUGUGCACAAAAGAUAUGUAUUCUUUCAAAAACAUUGAAAAUCACUAUUAGCUUUAUUUUGAGAAACAUGUAUAAAACUUAAGUGCAAUUGGAUAUAGUACAUAUGUUUAAAUAUAUAUGCUCUUUUAUUAAAAAAUUUUUACGUUGUUAUAUCGCAUUAUAUCAUAUACGGUAAAUAAUUAUUCAGCAAAUGUGAUAAUGUACAUUUGACAAUGAUAUAAGUAUUAUUUGUUAUAAAUUGUAACAUGUUUUUAUGUUAUUUAAAUUACUAGAAAGAUUAUGUUAAAAUCUUGUAAAAAGUUCAAUUCUUAUAUUUCUUGUUUUCUAGAAUUAUUCCAUUCUAAUGUCGUGCAAUUAUUAAUUGACUAUUUCAAAUAAUUGUGAGAGUAUACGUAAUAUUUUUUAUAUCACAAACAAAAAUAUUGCUUUUACAAUUAAAUGGUAUUUAAUGCAUUAACGCGAACGGCAGCUGGUCUUGUAUUCUCUCAAAGAGACACAUUUGAAUCCUUAUUAUGUAAAAGGUAUACUUCUAAGUUUCAAACGCAAUAUGUAAUCAGUUUUUUAUUAUAAGAUUGUUAUGGAAGUAACGCAAAUGACAAAUCAUGCAUUUACCUAAGGAGUGCUUAGGCUGUGAAUGUAAUGGAUUAUUAAAGGAUUUAUUUGUAUAUAAAUAAAAAGUUUCCUUAUCAAAAUAA